UUUUUUUUUUUGCAUUCUUUUUUUUUAAUUUUAUUUUUUUAUUUGCAGCAGUGGCGUUUCUCGGCCACCGUAUCGACCUAUUGUAUUGGAUUGCACUACAUUUCCCUUGUGUUAAUCCAAGUAUACAUCUUACAUUUAUUGUAUUAUUGCUUGGUGGUGAAACCUACAAAGGGGAGAGAGAGUGUAUACUGUAGAGGUGUUCAAUACCGCGACUUAGUUUGAUUAGUAGAAAUCUGUAGUCACCAGUAUUUUUCAGCAUCUGACUUCUAAUUUCUUGUAUUUCUCGAGCUGUUAUCGUGCUCGAAGAGUCAGUGACUCUGUGUAUGGUGAAGUUACCUCUGCUGGUAGGACUGUCGGGAGCUCCACACAGCUUGUUUCUGGCUGCGGACUCUCUGCUCCCUGAAGUACUGAGCAUGCAGCUCCCACUGCUGCCGCCAUCGAGCCUCCUGCUCCCGCUGCCGGGCCAGCUGUCCGGCCAGCACCCGGGACCGACUGGGCCCAUGAACCGAGAGGGUCGGCAGAGCCAUCGACCUGAAGCACAAGUUACAUGCAUCAAAAGUAAGCAUUACUUUAACCCAAUCCUUAUUCCUGUUACAUUCACUUCACAUAGCCUCCACAAAACACUUAGGAAUGUGUAACCCAGUUAUCCUGAUGCUAAUUGAAUGUUUCGUGUUUACUAACGUUCACCAAUGAGGAGCGUUCAAUCACACAAGAGAAAACCCAAGCAGUUUAAACGCGGUAAUACUUUCGUCACUCCGAUUACUACCUGAAAUACUUACCCAAGUAUUUAUGAGCCGCUAUAGCGAGAAAAAAAUAUUUUCCAAGUCUUUCGGCGAUAAAAUGGGGUUCUCUGCCUUAAUGUUUGUGAAAACCUUACAACGUUUUGCGCCUCAUAACCGAAAAGUCUCCUCAUCCCUUGCUUUCCUUGGUUACCAACACUUCCUAGUUACUCACACGCUACGGAAUGCAGUACGGGUCAAAAUUCGUCGACGGCAUAAACGCGAAAACUGAUUCUUUUUAAGAGCGUUGUACAAAUAAGCUUCUAAUUUUCUCUCUCUCUCUCUCUCUCUCUCUCUCUCUCUCUCUCUCUCUCUCUCUCUCUCUCUCUCUCUCUCUCUCUUGUACCACGAAUUACCAUUAUUUAAUUGUUGAAUGUUCUAUUUCUUUUCACGAAAAUGAAACGAAAUGGAACAGAAAGCCAACCAAUGUAACAGGCCUACUUGUAAUCAACCUAGCAAUUAAAUAAUAAUUAAUUUGGUUAUUUAUUCUCGUACCUAAAGAAAAUAAAAAAUUAAAAAAUGGCAACAUCCUGGUCAAAAUAUUUGUCAAAAAUAUCUUGUUCUAAAUUUUCAAAAGAUUGAAGAUGUUCAACUAAGUUUCUAUAUUUUCUCCCUCUUUUUGUACCACGAAUUACCAUUGUUAACUAUAACUAUUGAAAGAUUAUAAAAGAGAUUGAAUGGUUUAUUUUCUUUAAGGAAAAUUAAAUAAAAUGUAACAUAAAGCCAACCAGUAUAACCAGACCUACAUAUAAUCAACCUAGCAAUUGAUUAUCAAUUAAUUUGGUUAUUCAUUCUUACUUCUUCAUCUUUAAGGUUAAAGUUAAAAAAAAAAAAAAGUAAAAUAUAUAAAUAAAUAAAUAAAUAAAUAAAUAAAUAAAAAGAAGGCUACAGAUUCAAUGUUUCAAAGUAAACAUAAUUGAAGGAGUGGAGUCGAUGGCACUGGUUCUAUUUCUCUGUUAUAAUGGAGUUUAGAGGAAUUUCUUUGUGAUAUUCCUCUAAACUCCAUUAGUUGGCAGUAAUGCAGCAUGUGUGAUCAAGCAGACGAGGACCAGUGUCAGCUGAUUUCAACACAUCAGCUGCCGGCUCCUUGUGUUAGUGCUGGACUUGUGUUUAGCGCAGUUUGUCGCCUUUUUUUUCACCCAACAUGUGGCAAAGACCCACAACUACGAGCAACAAGUCGAUCACACGAGCCGUCUACUGGAUGCUCCACCAAACAUGGGUUCAAUGUAGGUGACGUGUGUGUGUGUGUGUGUGUGUGUGUGUGUGUGUGUGUGUGUGUGUGUGUGUGUGUGUGUGUGUGUGUGUGUGUGUGUGUGUGUGUGUUUGGGGGUGUCAGUGUAAAUCUGCGGCGGAGGACUGACAAGCUCCUGCUAUCGUUUCAGAGGUAGGAGUGGGUCCAGAGCACAGAGAUGGCCUUGCUAAUGGAGCACCAAUUCAGGCAGCUGCCAGCUGACAGACAAGUGGAAACGAGACCGUUUUUGGAGGCUGUGUCAUACCUUCCACCCUUCUUUGGUGAGUGAACUUUCCACAGUGUGACAUUCUGUGAAGGUACCUGUUACAUUCCCAGACAUAAAGUUAUUUGGAAGGUUAUUCCCAGAUGUCAGGAGCUUCAGACACAAAAGGGACACAUUUACAUUCUGGCUGUCAGAGAUGUAAAAAGCAGUUGUAGCCAAAUGAAAUCUACUGAGAGAAUGAUAUCAAUUUUGAUCGUCCAGGAUAAUAACUACUCACCAAAUAUGCACAGAAAUGCAUGAUUAUAUCUAACAAAAGUUCUCUGUCACAGACACCUCUUCUACUGCUUUGAAUUUCUCAUGAGGGAUUUGUUCAUCUUUGAUUAGUAAGCACAGAAGUUGCUGUGAAAGAAAUCUGUCACAACACUUGAAUCAAGCGUAAUGAUAUGAUCUUGCACUUUCCAAAUGGUAAUCUUUUUUGGAUCAUGUUUCUCUUCAUCAAGCUGACUACAAUCCCUUAUCAUACAUAAUUUAAUCAACUGGCCUGGAUUUAAAGUUGUGAAAAUGGGCUAGUCCGGUGUUGGGUUCCCUAUGCCCAUUCACGGACGCCAUGGUGCAUCAGGGCAUCUUUGUGCUGCUUCAUUCUGUAUUAAUAUGCCAAAGACCAUCUAUUGAAUGUGCCAUGUGAAACCCUUGAGAGGAACCAAGUCUGCUGUCGAAAUUAAACUCUUUCUUCCUCUUUGCUUUUGUUUCACCUGACCUAGAAAUUAGUUUGCCAACUUUCCUAUACACUAUCAAAACCCUGUAUGGUCUCAUGCAGGUGUUUGAAAUUAGUUUGCCUAAUUAGACGUCUUUCUAAGGGCUGUCUGGAAAGUGUCCCCACUGUCUCUAUUUAACUUUUAUUGGAUGUCACCCUUUUUCUGGCGACUUCGAUGUUGUGUUUCAACCUGAAAAAAGGUCUAAUAGGCAGAAUAAAAAAAAAACAAUAAUUAACACGUGUGUGUCUUUUGAGAAACAAACACAAGAUGUUUGUGACAUGACACCGGGUCAUUUAAGUUUGUUACAUAUGUUUUAUCCAGAAUUAAUGAGUAUUUGUUUUUCAAAUCUUAAAAAUGGGAAAAUAUAGAAAGCCACACCGGUUGAGGAUGUUUCCGAAACAAGAUAUAUCAGUAUCAGUGUUGGUGAUGCAUCACAUGAGCACAGCAGAGCAGACUUUCAUGAGUAGUUUCCUCUGACAGCUCAGGGGCUGAAAGCUGGUUGUUAUGUCAGUGGUUGAGCAUCUUGUGAGGUCUGAACUCUGGAUGUCUCAUUGUUUACUCUCCUAUUACUGAAUACUUUGGCCCCUGGCAGCCUAAAUGAAGGUAUCUUAAAACGGUACUGAAAGGAUGUGUCUGUAAACAGACACAAUGGACCUAGUACAAUUAGAUUAACCUUGAAGCAUUGUAGUUAUAGGAGUUACAGUAGUUAUAGAUUUGCUGCAGUGAUGCUAUUCUCCUGUGACUCCUUUGUUAGUUGUGGUUAAAGUAGCAAAUGUAAACACUUAUGGCUACACCCACUACUGAUGAAAAAGUCUUGAAACUUUGAUGAAGAAAGAGCAGAAAAAUGUUUGUUCACAUCAAUGUUUGUCCACUUUUAUCCAUGUUGUAAUUCAGCGUUAAAGUAAAAACAAUAGAAUAUCUAUGAUGUCUUACCUCUGUCCAUCUCUCUCUUAGUGCAUCUCCUUCUGUCCCCUCUCAAAGCCCAAUGCAUCAGUGGCAGAUGACUGUCUAAAUGAGUCUGUUUCCGCUUAGGGUUUCUUCCUGUUGAAAGAAAGUUUUUUUCUUGCCUCUGUAUUUUGCUAAAUGCUGCAAAAUGUCACUCUCAAGUGGUUGAAGAUGGUGUGGGAGUGGAUCCGAUGGGGCUCAGUCUUAUCCCAUCUUAACAUUGGGUCUUUGUAAAUAGAUCAUGGUCCAAACCAGCUUUUUUUGUAAAGUGUCUUGAGAUAACAUUUAUUGUUGAUUUGUGCUCUAUAAAUAAAUAUUUGUUGAAAGGGUAGUUCACUGCUGGCUUUCAAAGCAAUUAAAAUGACUUAAAAUCAGUUUAAAAGAAACAGGGAGCUGGUGUAGAGCGAUAAUAGGUGGGCAAAUGUGGUUCAGUUUCUUUUUACAUAUAUCCUGUAUAUACAUCAUAUGGACAAGCCAUUUUGCCAGGUGACCUUGAUAAAAUGAAAAUUAAGUUAGGAUCAGAAUCUAAACCACUGCCAGGUUUGUGACUGUUGUUUUGAUUUGCUUGUGUGGACCUCCAAGCAUUGAGUGCAGUUUAUCUCUAGAUGCUUUCAUUUGCAUCACUCACUGACUACUACAUCAUUACAUAAAAAUUGUCCCCUUAACUUAGCCUGACCUUUUAGAUAUAUUGGAUUUAAGUUGCAACUAGUUCAACUUGAGCUUUAAAAGUGAACCAUCAAAAACACAGGUUGUGAAGUUUUAAAAGUCUUGUUAAAUAGACAACACUGUUAUAAAAUAUUAAGCUCUUGUAUUACUUGGGAUGCUAAGGGUUUUAUAUUCCCUUUUAGACUAUUGUUCAGGCCCUAAAGCUGUUAUACAUAUUAUUACUGUUAUUUUAUUAAGUAGAAUAAUAUCUGCUGAAAGGCAAAGUAAAGAAACCUCCUGUCCAGUUUGCUUUAGAUUAUUUUGCCCCUCUGUCUUCCCUUAACAGAGGUUAUUGAUCCGUGCAAGAAGCUCUAAAUGAGUUUGGUAUUCUCAUUUAUAUUCUUAUAUUUUUAGUAGUUUUAUCAUUUACAUGUUCUGUGUCUAGGUUGAAUCCCCUUGCAUUCUUGGUCACACAGUGUGUAAAUAUUUCUCCUCAGACUGUCUGGGUUCGACUAUUUUUGCUCCAGUAAAGGCUGACAUAUCUGGAAACAUCAUAGUAAGUGUCAUUGAUCUGUCAUGUGUACUGAAUAAUAUCUGUCUACAUUUACAUUACACAGUCAAUGCAAUAAGAUACUUUUCUUUGAAAACAGAAAAUUAAGGCGGUUUAUGAUAGUAACCCAGCACGGUUCAAGACGCUACAACAGAUAAUAGAAGCAGAGAAGGAAAUGCAUGGGGCAGAAUGGCCUAAAGUUGGAGCAACAUUGGCACUUAUGUGGCUAAAAAGGUUUGAGAAAUGUUUUAUUCCAGGUUUUAUUAACUUUAGGGCUGUUUUUAUCAAUCAAAUUUGGACAAGAUCUGCCCCAAUAAUCUCAUUCUUUUCAUCCAACUAGAGGUCUACGAUUUAUUCAAGUAUUCCUCCAGAGCCUCGUAGAUGGGGAAAAGGAUGAAAGCAACCCGAACCUUAUUCGAGUUAAUGUCACCAAAGCUUAUGAAAUCGCCCUAAAAAGGUAUCAUGGAUGGUUGGUUCAACAGCUCUUUAAGGUAAGUUAAAAGUCUUUUGCUAGAGUUAUGUACCUAGGUAAACAGAUUUCUAAACGUUUUAGAAAUAUACCACAAAGCAUAAUGUAAAAAUGUUGUGUUUGUAUUCUUUAGGCAGCUCUUUUUGCAGCUCCUUACAAGUCUGAUUUCCUGAAAGCUCUCUCGAAGGGGCGGGAAGUCAAAGACGAAGAGUGCUUGGAAAAAAUCAGAAAAUUCCUCGUCAAUUUCUCUGCCACUGUGGAUGCUAUUUACGAGAUGUACAAUAAGAUGAAUGCUGAUCUUGAUUACACAGUGUGACUGUGGGAUGUUCCUCUUUCCCCAAGUGAUACACUAAGUUUACAGCCACUUGCAUUCUGCAGCCGUCAUCCUGACAUGGCUCCCUGGAGGUCUAACAGAUCACUGUGGGAGUGUAAUGCUCUGCUGCCUCACAUCAAUGUUUGUCCACUUUUAUCCAUCUGUGUGCCUGUUCUGUUUUUGUUUUUGUUUUUUUUCCCAGUUCAGUUUGAAAUACUUGAGUACAUUCAUCUAAAAUAAUGAAUGAUUGUAUCGGGAGUCAAAGGGCUACGUACUCAUGUAUUUUAAACCAGGAGUGAUGCAAAAGAAGGCAAGUGAUGUGUCUGAUGUCAAAAUGUUAAACAAAGCUUCAUCACAUCCUAUUAUCACUAUCUGGAUAGCAACCACAUCCUUAACCUUUAUUUAAAUUUCUUUUCUAUUGUACCGUGUAAACAGGCAAUCAAUGAUAAAAGAGAGAGCUUUUUUUUCUCUGUGUUAAGCGUCGACAUCCUGGUCAACACAAGCACUGCAUUCAUUUUAGAUCAUAAAAAUCUGAAUAUGACUCAACAGCAAACAUGUAUGGAAAAAUGUCUAUUUAAGCCUAUGUAGUUUCCAUGUUUUGGGGGGUUUUAUUGUCUUUUUUUACUGUUCAAAUAACUAUUUUAGCUUUUAAUACAAUAUUCUGAUAUAUUUAUCACACAUUAGACAAGCCUUAAACUUGUUUAUCAGUCAUAAUGGCCUCAUGUGUUUCUUUUAGUGAGGUAGUUUUAUAAUGAUUUACAACACAGAAUGAGAUGAUAUAAAUUUGCAGUUGUUAACAUCAAGUAUCAGAAACCAGUGAGUCUCCUUAGCCGGAGGAGCAGAAUAUUUAGGUUACUAUGACAACAUUAGCACCCUUGGGUCUCAUAUUUCAAAAAAUCCCUUUUUGAAAGUCAGAUCAGCUUUAAAAUCAAACAUUAUUACUGCAGGUGUGGGCAGCCUCUUUUAUACUUUAAUGCUGAAGAAGACAGUGCUGUUUUCCAAAGAAAAUGCUCCUCUGUCCUCCCGGCACUCAGAUUUCAACAUGGCGCUGAAUGUGUAAUUUCUUAAACUCUGGUUGUCCACCAAAAAUAAACUGUUGCUUCAUGACUUGUUGCCUUGUACACUGAUAUUAUGAUGAUGAAAAAUCCAUAUUAUUUGCUGAGUAUCACAUGAAUCUAUCAGCCUUGUUUUUGAGUUAUAUUGGUGACCUUUUGUUUACCAAUACUCUUUUGAGUUCAUAUCCUGAAAAUACUGUCUUAAUUAUCCUGAGGUUUAUGUUGCGGUGUGUGUGUAUUGUGAAAAUGGUAAAAACUGAAUGACAUAAACCAAAAUUUGCAAUAAACAUACUUUCAACAAUAAU